AUGAAGGGCCGGGGAUUACCCGCUUUGAUGGAAGCGCCGCCCCACCACUUUCCCGGAACUCAAUCGCAUCUGAAGCUGCAGGAACGGGCGAGGGCGCAGCUCCGCGACCAAGAGACCUCUUUCCCAACGAACGACCGACAUCAUCGUAUCAAGGACGAAAGCACAGGUCUUUUGUACGACGACCAUGGCUUGCAGUACGGCAGCUUUGGCGACCAGGCUCUGAGCGGAGAGAACGAGACAGUCGAGACACAGCGCGAGAACGAGGCGAUACAAACAGUCGUCGCGAAGAUUUCAAACAACAUGGUUGACGUAUUCGAAAUCGCCCAGGCUGUCGGCACCAACAGAGGCAUGGCAGCUGGCUUCGCCCAAACAGGUCCUGGCCCUCGCGAAGCACGGUUCCAACACCUUCUCUCGAAACUCAACACACACGAGUCGACCUUGCCCAACGAGGGCAGAAUUGGUGUGCUCGCCGAUGAGGAUGAUCUCAGUUCCCAACCCGGCAAACCAGCCAGCGUAAACACCCAAGAAGGCGGGGACGACGCGCUGGUCGGUACAUUCGCGGACGCUGCUGCCGCCGCCGCGGCUGGAGCUCCCUCGAGAACAAUCACAUCAGCAUGA